CUGUUUGACAGUAGGAUCAGUUCCACACCUCUGACUCUGAGCAGCGAGAGGAGAGGAGAUGAUGUUCAGGGUCUCAGAGUCUCUGUGGUCGACACCCCUGAGCUCUUCAGCACCCAGCUGUCUGAGGAGGAGGUGAAGGCACAGCUGGUCAGGGCUGUAGAUCUGAGCCCUCCAGGGCCUCACGCCUUCCUUCUGACCAUCCAGCUCGGGAGAUUCAUUGAACAGGAACAGAAGGGGCUGCAGACUCUGCAGAAGCUGCUGAGUCCUGAUGUAUCUGAACACACCAUGGUGCUGUUCACCUAUGGAGACCAGCUGGAAGACACUGAUGUGGAUCAGUUCAUCAGAGAGGACAAGAACCUGCGGCAGCUACUGCGGAGAUGUAGCGGCCAGUACCAUGUAUUUAACAACAGAGAGAUGGGAGAUGGAGACCAGGUCUGA